ACACAUGCACCUGUAAACAUGGCGUCAUAGACAGAAACAUGUCGAGAAUCACCCCGGGUCAGCUUUCCUGCAUCAUUCAAGACUGAAAUAAAACUUCGUGCUUGACAAAGGCAUCAAACACAACAUGAAUAUUUACACUUUUUGGUGAUGGUUGGGAAGGAGCUGUCUGGUGGUGUGCUGUUUUUUGGAUCAGAAAUAACAUGAAACAUAUUGGUACUGGUAAUGCAGGAUCUGCUGAACUUGAUAGAGGGAAGAUGAAAGGCCCGUAUGUCUUUGCCCUUUCCCAGGUUUUACAUGACCAUAGCGAAUUUGUCUGUGGUGGAGGAGCUGCCCUCUUCAAUAUAACCACAACAUUUCCUAUCAACAAAGUCAUGUUUCGCCAGCAGCUUUAUGGUGUUCGUACAUUGCGGGCCCUUGGACAACUAAAGAAAGAAGGACUUCGAAACCUUUACCGAGGAUUUCUGCCGCCUCUUCUUCAGAAAACUACAUCUAUGUCCCUCAUGUUUGGCUCCUAUUACAAGAUACAGAGAACUUUGAAGCAGGAGUUUCCAAAUCUAUGGACACCUGUCAAUCGCACAUCUGCAGCUAUCAUGGCAGGUGUUUUUGAAUCCGUUUUAACACCUUUUGAACGUGUUCAGGUUCUCAUGCAGGACAGAAAUUAUUACAGUAGGUUCAAUAAUACAAUACAUGCCUUUAAGGAGGUAAGGGUUUUAGGAUUAAAGGAAUUUUACCGAGGCCAGUCAGCAAUUCUGUACAGGAAUUGCUCCAGCAAUAUUGCCUUUUUCCUGGUGAGAGAUUACCUCAUGGAGGCUCAUUCACAGGCCAGCUCUGAGUACGGACAAUUCGCUGUAAACUUUUUCAGUGGUGCUUUUCUUGGUGCAGCAAUCAGUACUGCUUGCUAUCCCAUCAACGUCGUCAAGGUCCGAGUACAGUCAAAUCUAGGAGGUCGGUUCUGUGGAUUUUGGGAAAUGUUUUUCGUUGUUCUUAAAGAGCGCGACUAUAGUGUCCGUAAGCUCUUCCGUGGAGUACAUGUUAAUUACACCCGGUCUUUCCUCACCUGGGGGAUCAACAACGCAGUGUAUGAACUUUUGAUGAAACACUUAUUUAACAAAUCUGUACAUGAUGAAGAAUCCUAGAGUUCAGAAUAGCAGACAUGUUGAAGAUGAAAUACUCAUUUAUGAAAAAUUAAUCAAAGAAAUUAAUAUAUGAUCAUACAAGUAAAAAUAAUGAAAAUAUUUUCAGCGUACGUAAGAAUUAUGGCAGAUUUAUGCAUAUAUAUAUAUGUAUACAUGCACAUGUGAAAUUAUGACUCUGCAUUUAAAAAAAAAGAAAUCUUUAAUGAAUUACAGUAAUUACCUAGCUUAAGUGUCUAAGAUAUAAACAAUGUGUGUCAGAUUGAUAAAUGUAACUGAUGUUUGAUUGAUACAAUGUAGACAAUGUGUGACAGCGAGAUUGAAUUGGUAUAAUGUAAACAAUGCCUCUGAUUGAUAAAAUGCAAACAUUGUGUGAUAUUGGUACAAUGUAAACAAUGUGUUGGAUUGGUAUUAUGGAUACAAUGUUUGUGAUCCUUACAAUGUAAACAGAGCAUCUCAAAUUGAUGCAUAGUACUGUAUAAGGUUCAUUUAUAUAUAUAUAUAUAUAUAUAGUGCUGUAUUUGACCUAAUUAAUACUGUAAGCACACUAUGCAUAGAAAAACAUAAAAGGAGUGUACUUUAUAAAAGAAUGCACAGAAAAAUGCUUCAGUAUGAAAUCUGUGUGAGGAAAAUAAUACUUUUUUAUCUGAAUAAUUAUGCUAAUAGAUCAUUGAGGUAAGGGAUUUUAAAUAAAUGUUUCUAAAAGGACACCAUUAUCAGAUAAUAUCUUUUUUCUGAAAAAGAUGGGGUUGUGCUGAUAGGGACUGCUGCAAUCUUUAGGUCGAAUACAGUACAAUGUACUUGGUGCAAGCUCAUACCUAAAGAGUCUUCAAAUUUAGUGCUUCAUCAUGUAAGUCUUUGAAAUAGGUUUGAAUGCCUUGAAAAGACCUGAAUUUAUAGGUAUGUCUAUCCCAUAGUAUGAUUGAAACAUAGAGGAUAGAUAUGUACAUAAUAAUGUAGUAAGGUAAGUUAUGAUUUAAUGUGAUAAGUUAUAUAACCAAAUAACAUCUGAAUGUGAUUGGAAAAGCUACAUAACUGUUUAAAAUUCAACAAUAUCACUGCCCCCUGAACUAUGAAAAAAUCCAUAUUAAAAACGUAGUUAAUUAUUUAUCGAAAGUGCUAUUAAUUAUAUAUAAGUCCUCUGUGAGCUAUAUAUUGCAGGUUUAUGGCAACAUGAACAGCAAGUUCGUGAAGCCAUAGAAAUUAAUGUUAAUAGGUGCAGAUUUGUUGAAUUGACCAAGCGGUUAGAUAUACAGACUGCUUAAGAUUAUAAGGUGAUGUUUUUUAUGUGAUAAAUCACUUAAAUAUAUUGGCUUUUUAGGUGCAGUAGUAGGCAUUCUGAUAAACAAGAGUUACUUCCCCUAGUUCAAUUCUAUAUGAUGGUAUCGGUAGCUAUACAUGUAGCUUGAGGGCCAGUGGUUGCCGUGAAAUGGUACAUGGCAGGAUACAACAUGUAGAAACAAAAAGAAUGUAUACUGUACAUGAAGUUUUUUUUUUUUUUUUUUUUUAAUUUUGUAGAAAGGUAUGAGAUAUUUGUCAUAAAAUCACUAUAACUACAGUACUAGUGGGUCUGUCAUAUGUAAGUGCCUCAUCCACUGUGUACAUUUGUAUGUUUAAAUUCUAGUAUGACCUCCAAGCAAAGAUUGGCAUUAUUUAAUAUAUUGUAACUUGUUAUGCUGAUUAUUGAUUUUUAUUGAUUUGAUAUAUAUUUACAUGUAUAGGGAAUAUUUUCAGAACUUAUAAAUUAUAGCUUAAUUUUAAACGGGUAGUUCCUCCAUUAUAUAUUUCUAUAGAGUUCAUCACUCAAAACCCAUAGUGUCAAUUUUCAAUGUUAAAUUUGAGUGUAUGGUAUCGUAAUAUAGUAAACUGUCUUUGUUGAUUCAAGUUAAAACUACUCUAUGAAUCUCUAUGGUUUUACACGAAGUAGUUGAACAUAUAGAACUCUAGUUGCCCGACCUGGUCAUUGAUGAAUCACGAUGAUAUAUAUGUAACCCUGGUAAAUACUAGCCGCAAUAUACCGCUUGGCUAGAGAGAUCUUCUCUUUAGCUCGAUCGGUUGAGCGUAAGACUAGUAAGCCA